AUGGAUGAAAAUGUUCACAAUAGUACAAAGCUAGAUAUCGAAGGUGUUAGGCAGCAAUCCGCAAGCGAGGCAUUGCGUGCUGAAGGUGAUCGAAAGGAAAGCUACAGGAAACUAGGCGAACCGGACGUUAACAGGAACGGGUUUGACGGCGGUCUAGGUGUGACGACCACCCGUACGGAUAACAACAGCCUUCGGAUGCCGCGUGAGAACGGAACCGGUGCCAAGGACGGUGAGGAGGAACGGAUGCUUAACGGUGGUGGACUAGACCAAGCACACCGCGGUGAUGGCGAACCGACUGAGAAGGACAAGCUUGCCCAGAAGGAGGUAGAGGUGAUGUUUAUCCCGUCGCAGAAUGGGGACGCCCGUAUUGACAUGGAACUGGAGAAUCAGCAAGCACUCACCGGCAUGACCAAGGAUGAGUUGAUGAAGUACGCGAACGAUCCGUUUUGGGUGCGACUUCGUUGGCUGCUGUUCGUACUGUUCUGGGCUUUGUGGGGUGCCAUGUUGCUCGGUUCGUUCUACAUCAUCUACGAUGCGCCCAAAUGUGCGGCACCAGUGCCAUUGUCCUGGUGGCAGGAGGGUCCUUUGGUUGAGCUGGAUAGUGAACAGUACGCGGACCAACUGCCCGAGGCAGAGCGAUACGGUGCGAAGGGUGUGAUCUAUCAUUUGCCGGCGGACGAAACGUACCUAGUCCAUACUGCUGCCGUACAGGGCAAAGUGAAGCAGGUCGUCAGCACGUUCGGCUCCAAAAACAUCAAGGUCAUUGUGGACAUUACACCGAACUUUGUUACGAAGAAUGAUGCGCUGUUCCAGGAGGCACUGCAGCACCCGGACAGUGCGGCAUACUCCGCAUUCGUUUGGCGCGAACCCGUACUUAAACCACCGAACUGGUUGUCCAUUGCCGAGGAAGGUAGCGCUUGGAAGAAUGCGUCCAACAACCAGUACGUGCUGUCCCAGUUCGGACCGGAUCGGUUCGAUCUGCAGUUUGGUGAGCGGGCCGCUCGUGACAAGCUGAAGGAAGUGCUGCAUGUCCUACUCGGGCUUGGCGUACGUGGUGUCCGUUUGGCUAAUGCGAAACAUCUACUAAUCAACCGUGACGGGGGCAACGAAUCACCAAUGAAUCUCGAGGAAGCGGAUAAAUCACUAACCCACACCGAUUAUGGCUUCUGGUCGCACAAGGAAACGACGUACCGCGAGGGACUGGGCGAGCUGUUCCACGAGCUAACCGAACUCGUACAUCAGCAGACUGACGGUGAAGCUUUCCUGUCCGUGACGGAAGAUAUCCUACGGCCGGAGGUAUACUCCGUGAACGGUACGCUACCGAUCGACGCACCGCUGUACGGUAACAUUGAGUUUGAUUUGCGCGAAGGAAGCGGCCCGGAUGUGGCCAGGAAGCUGCGCCACGAUAUCGAGAACGCGUAUAGGACGAUCAACGGCUACCGGUCGCUCGGGGAAUCGGGACAACCGUGGUUGCAGCUACGGUACGAUCGUGCCUCUUUAGAGCACGUGCCAGCAUCGGAAUACACCGUGUUCCACUUCCUGUUGCCCGGCGUACCCGUCUUUCCACUGGACGUACUAACUAAGGGCAACGUGUCGCACGAGAGUGUGGAAACGCUGGAGAAGUUUCGUGCAUCGCCCUCAUUCCAGCACGGUCUGUUCAAUGUUUACAACGAUGCGAACGCAUCGGCGAUCGCAUACACACGCUAUAUGCUAAAAUCAGGCAACCCUGGAUACUUUGUCGCGUUGAAUCUCGCCCAGACCGAGCAGAAGAUGGUCGACUUUAGCGGUAUUGCCGGUAUCGGCAGUGAGCUGACGGUGGUAUUGACCAGUCAGAACUAUGACGUCCCGAACGUCGGUGUCAAAACAAAGGUGCCGGUUGAUGCAGUACCGCUGUCACCGCGAUCCGCUUUGAUUGCGACUUACGUACCGACGAAGUAA